UAGGUUCCUCCAACGUUUUGUUUGACAUAUCUGUUUUAGUAUUUUUCAGGGCAAUUAUUAUCACGUUUACCUACUCACUCCUACAUGCCAUCUUAUUCGCAGUCUGACUCCAAAUAUACGUGCCCCAAAUGACUAUCACCUAUUGCAUAUCUCUCCUAAAACCUCAUCAGCUUCUUGUGAUGGACUCGGAGGCAUUCUGAAUCUCGAACCGAUAUGUACGUGUGCUGUGCUACUCUCACAUUCUCACUAACUUCGACCCUGAACAUUCAGGCAUUAGCCGUGCCUACUAAUUGCAUGGCACUCGACCUAUCACCGUUGACAAUUUUUCUGCUGCGGUGAAUGAAACGUCUACACGAGUUUCAGUCACCUUCGAUCGGAUGAUUCGAUUCGCCGCUCCCUGUUCCAUUUGGCUUUCAAUUCGUCGUGUGAGACUAACAACCUCUCACUGGCUUCCUCACCAUAUUUAUCCGUUACCUUGUGUAACACUGAGGCCAAAUUGAUCGAACUGUUGGCACCGCUAACAAGUUCGCGCCUAUGGACAUGGAACGCUUAUUUGAAGAUUUUCGUUGGGAUCUGGAAAAUGUUAAGACCUGGCUUCUCAUGCUUCAGCCUUACCUUCCUGACACGGCUGCCUGGAUGUCAAGUGUGAACAAUAUGUCGAACUCUGAACUCCGAUCCGCGUCUAAAUUUUACCAGGCCAGCCUGAUGGAGGUGGAAAAGCACGCCAAAACUCUUUCGGACGUUAUACGUGCAGUGCGCACGCUGAAGAGUGCACCUGAUUUGGAUACCGCUAUCUUUAUGCGAGUGACCCAGAUGGAAGGAUUGGUGCUUGAACUGGAGUCAGCUUGCCACUUACGAUGGCUGCAUUUGCUCGAACUAACCAUGUGCAUCGAUCGGACUUAUUUCCCAAGUCUCAACUUACCUGCUCAGUUAUUCCAUUCAGUUAACGAAAAUGGCCAGGCAAACUGCGCGCGAUCAUCCCCCUCCAUGGAUUCCUCUCCUCUCCACAGUGAUGCAAAGCCCAGUAACAAACUCACGUAUAAUCCAUUCAACAUAGUUUUUAACCCCUUCGAUGAGGACAUACCUGAUUUACCUUUGUCAGAUAGUGUUGUCGCGGGUCCGCGUCCCUGGUCGUCAUUAACAUGUGGACCGGGAAGCGCAUAUAGUUCAGGCUCAGGUCCACCCCUCCUCUUUGUUCAUUCCUCGCUGAAUGUACAUCCUGAACAUGAGAUGCGGUUUCCAACAAGUGGAUCUGUUCCUGUCUCAAAAACACAGAUGUCAGGCGCAGCGGUUUCGGGCGAGAAUUAUCUGCCGUCCAGUCUGGCCAUCUUCCCUGAUUUAUCACGAGACAAAGUUCUUGGUUUUUCGAACAGAUCAAAUGAUAGUCAUUACGAGAGUGAGCCGGAACAGCAGUUGAAAUCUACCUUCUCAAGUACAGUGACUCCGGUUAUGUCACUGGCCAAUUGGGGAAAAGCACCCUUUCAUCACUCCUCUUGUGCAUGUAGUCAGAACUGCUGUGCUAAUAAAUCCACUCGGAGCUUAGAUCAUCUCGCAAUCGAUAUGCCCCUCCGUACCUGUUCCUCUUCCCCGUGCUUUUUCAACUCCUUCGACACCACUUCCAUGGAACGCCACAAGAAAGCGAAUAAUCCUACAGCAUCCUGUCCUUUUCUCGCGCCUUCGCAUGCAUUUGUGAACCAUCUGCAUUUACGUGGUCACAUGCAGCUAAACAGUGAUAUCCACCGUUCCCAUAUAUAUGCUACGGAACAAAUUUCCACUGAAAUUAAUGUGCCCACAGGACAGCAGCGUAAUUUUUUCCGCGAAACCUACCAUAGUAGUUCGCAACCGAGUCUGUUGUCGUCUCGACUAGCAACAAGACUACGGAUGCCUACGCGUAAAAACAAGAGCACAGAGACAGUGCGCCAUUCAGGUAGCCAUAGUAGGCACAAGCGAGGCCGCUGCGCUCACCUUUCGGUAUGGAAACACACCAGCCUGAACUCUUCCAGUGAAUCGUCUGUCGACGGCGACGCUAGUGACCUGGAGCGAAGAAGAUGGACGACGCGAGUGAGAUAUUAUCUGGAUGCCGCUACCCACGCCGAGGAACUUGUCCGACGUCAGCAGCUCUCCACUGAUUUGAGAGCAUGGUUAAACACACUGGGGCCCACACUAUUUGCUAGAACUUCGCCGCACAUUCGGAAAAGUAGCAUUGCAGCCCAUGAAAGAGAAGUAUUAGUCCGACAGAAUUCAGAGGAUCAAGAUUUAUCUGUCAUAUCACACGCCCCCGGUGGGUCUGCAGCUCCAAAUCCUAUUAGCCUCGAUACUCUGAAACGUGAAGCAAGCCAGGAACAUUUAAUGAGCUAUUGGGAUGAUUAUCAGGUCCCGUUGUAUUCCAGUUCCAGUGAAGCUGAUACUCAUGAACCAGUGGGUGUGUUCGCUGAGGAGUUUCCGUGGGACGAUGUCGGCGACUCAUGUGCCAGUGACGUCGGGGUACUCGAUCCAGCGCUACCCGAUUCUUCGCGAGAUGCUAAGCUGGCUUGUGAGGAGUACGUACCUUUUCGAUCGCCAUUGACCACCAUGGCUCAGGCGGAUAAUAGUGAUGAACACAUUCCCGAUAUUUCAAUUGGAUACAAACAGGAUACUAUGGAUUUAUCCACCACAACUUCCGUGCUUUUCAACCAGAAGUCUAGUAGCGUUGAUGCCAGUUUCGAGGUUUGUAGCCCGUCCGUAGUAACUACGGCUUCACAAACGAGGGAUUUUGAUCUUACAGACGCAACCGAUAGAGUGGACUUUGCUCGUUUUCCGCAGGGAUUGAGAACACAUCCAGAUGGCGGAUCUCAACUCAAGAUCGAUAAUGAUCCAACACACCACCUGCUUGCUAACAACCACACACAACGGGAGAGCGGGUUCUUCUUCUCUUCAUCCGAUCACGUUCCAUCUUGUGCAGAGUUUAAAUUGCGCGGCAAGUGUUUCUCAUUUCCACGAUGUCGUCGGCAGUGCCUGGGUCUGUCCUCUCAGCUACCUAAUGGGGAAUGUUUCAACAGGCACCGCUCCUCCUGCAUCGUCACCGACCGAAUCUUUCCACAGUCAAACCCGAGUUGCACGUACCAUGACAUACUGGAUCGUUCACGAACUCGUCUGAGAAAGCUCGCUAACAACCUGUAUCAAUUUAUUAACUUGAGAUCCAGAUCUAACCGAUGCGUCAUCAAAAGUCACAUAAGCUCUCAUUCAGAUUGGAAUACAGCCAUAACCCAGUGGCAGAAUGAAUUGUCCAGACUGAUCCACUUGGCUGAAGCAGAACUAUCUUUGUUGCAUGGAAGCGCCGGUGACUGGAAUGACCCACGUACCACAUUGAAUCAUUGUCCUUCCACGUCACCCGCUGAUUCGUCACCUUAUUUUCCUACUCAUCCGACUGCCCAGUCCGAUUGGGUCAAGCUUAUCGAUGAAGCGAGACGGUGGCUACUCCGCUCCUGCUCCGAUGAAUCCAUUCGCCAACGAUUACAAUCUCUUCGCUCUCGACUCACCGACGCUACGGAAUUCGUUCAAAGUCUACCGCCGGUGUCAAGUAGUAUGGGUGAAGGCUGUACCGUCGAAGGAAGAUCUUCGUCACACGAACCUUUCGACUCUCGGGAACUGGCGUACACCGUGACCCGACUGGAAUCUAUCAUCGAGCAACUGGAUCGGUUGCACUCAGUACUUGAUCGACGUCUAACCAUGCUAGCUGAAUCCGCACACACAACCAGCAUGCCAGACGUCGUGGUCUUAUUUGCGGCUAACAAUGCCGAUCUGAGACAACAACUUGAUGAACUCCAAGCUGACGCGUGCGUCGUACGCAAGCAAUUGUCCGAAAGAUUGACCCUGAGUACAUCCUCAAACCAAUUAAUUAAACUAGGCAAACCUCUUUGUGAUAUGGAGCAGAAUUGCCAGACAAAAUGUCAUGAGUGGGAGGAUCUCAGCGCUGAUACAGUCGUUCAUGCAAAAAACCUGGUGCACUCGUCAACCCAAUUUGUCACUCCACCUAUUUCUCCGAAGAUCUCUCACUUCGCUCGCCUUAUCUUUAUGACCAGUGGUAUAUUUGUAUCUGCUUGCUGCUGCUGCUGCUAUCUUCUGGCCCACUUUCUCCCCUGCAACAACCUUUCGCAAGAUUGGCCUAGUCCAGUGCACAUUUUUGAACAGCUACUUCAUCCGUUCUUUACUGAUAUGGAUUCCACCUGCCCACUGAAGCGCGAAGGAGUGGCUACGUUCGUUGAUCUCACGCACGGUCCUGUGCCUUUUUAGUCACCUGUCUCCACAUAUCUCACUUUUACUUUGAAGUGGUCGGAGUGCUCAACUCCUGUACAUAUUACUUUCAGAGAUUUUUGACCUCUCUAGUGCAAUAAUUUUUGCUUACUUCUCUCCGCGCGAUCUUAUUUCUUACCGCUUUGACUACGCGACAUGACAUUCAUCUUUACUUUACUUUUGUCUUUUACCUGCGUCGUUCACUUGUACUCUCACUUUAUUCGCUGCCCUAUCAUCUAAUCUUUGCUUGAGCUGUCUUCUCUCUUCCGUAUAGAGGAAGACCUAUUGACAGAAUUGCUGUGCAUGAACAAUCACGCAAUGAAUACACACUCAUUCUGUCCCUACGAGUUCACCAAACGAUUUAUAGGUGGAUACGUUUUCCUUUUCGCCGGCUUAGAGUAAAGUUUGUCAUUGUUCUUCUGGUCCGUCUGUUACAUAAGUUAUGACAGUAUCCUCAUGUUGCCUCCUUGACAAGCUCACCUGAGUAGUGUAUCUGCUUCCGUGCUGAUUUUCUUCCUCUCCAAUAUGUAACCUACUAGUAA